AUGUCCAAAGCUGAGCUUACAUUGCCUAAAUCUCCAGUUUUAGAUCCCACAGCUCAAUUUAUAAAAGAAUUGAUUAAACAAAGAGGUACUUUAAAAGGCCGGUUAACUAAAUUGUCCGUUUAUGUUAAUUCUUUUGAAAAUCAAUUUCUAGACCGCGCUAAAAGGGCUGAGUUAAAUUUAAGGAUGCAGGGCGCAGCCAAUAUAUUGUCAGAAUUUAACAAUGUACAAAACAAACUAGACGGGGUUCUUCCUGAGUCACAGGACGAUGAACAGCUCGACGAGAGAGAAUCCUUUGAAAGUAAGUACUAUACUAUCUUAGGUCAAGCUAAUUGCAUACUAGAUAAUGAUAGUAAUUCACCCAAUGCAAAUAGUUGUGGGAACGACCUAGGUAAUAUGCAUCAGUCGGUAAAAUUGCCUACAAUAAAUUUACCUACAUUUGACGGUUCCUACGAACAGUGGCUCGAGUUUAAAAAUACAUAUUUAUCAUUAGUUCAUACGUCAAAUAAUAUAAGUACAAUUCAAAAAUUUCACUAUUUAAAAUCCUCUUUGAAAGGUCCUGCCGUAUUAGUUAUUGAUUCCCUGGAAUUUACCCCGGAUAAUUAUUAUGUUGCUUGGGAGUUGCUUAUGAAUAGGUACAAUAAUAGCAGACUUCUUAUUCACAAUCAUGUGAAAGCUUUGUUUAAUAUUAAAAAUUUAAGUAAUGAGUCACCUAUAUUAUUACGCAAAUUAAUUGACAUUAUACUUAAAAACCUGCGAUCUCUUAAAUUAUUAGGUGAACCGACGGAACACUGGGACACUUUAAUUAUUUAUAUGAUUGUUUCUAAGCUUGAUAAUACUACUGAACGCGAGUGGGAGAAAUAUAGGAGUGAUCUUUUGUUGAAUGAACGUCAAAACGAUUGUAAGACGCGAGUACAAGUAAAUGAUUUAUUACAAUUCUUAAAAGCUAGGGCUGAUAUGUUAGAAACGUUGCAAGUUUCACAUUAUAAACAAGGUUAUGAUUCGAAAACUAUUACAAAAACGUCACAUAAUAAUUCUAAAGUUCAUUGUAAUUUAUCUACGUCAAAAUCAAAUAAAGUUAUUAAAAGGUUAUGCCCGUAUUGUAAGGCAGAUCAUUACUUGUAUUCGUGUCAAAAUUCC